AUGUCUAAGGUUGCAAAAGAUAUAUUUGCUGUUCAUGUUUCAAGUGUGCCUUCAGAAUCUACAUUUAGUGCUGGAAAAAGGGUUAUGGAUACUUUUCGGGCUUGUUUGACUCUCAAAACUAUUGAAGCGCUUAUUUGCAGAAAUGAUUGGUUGAGAAGUGAGAGUUGUGACUUCAACAAAGAGCCCACUGAAGAUGGAUUGGUGUUGUACCUAACUUUGGAGAAACUGGAAAAAGUUGAAUUAUUUCAUUCAAAUGGACAACCUCCUAGUGACACUCUCAUUCCCACAGAUUGA